AAGAAUCAUUUAUUUGACUUAGAAUUCAGUUCCCUGUAAUUCGAGCUUGUGCUUGUGCCAGUGUACAUACACGCAGUAUUGAUCAAGUUGGUGGUUUAGUAGUCCAUAUAGCAUUUGAAGCUUAAACCGUCAUUACUUUUAUAACAAUAUAAACUGGUUAAACUUUUGUUUAUCGCGCUUUACCUGUAACAUUCUUAUAACAGAAAUGUCUAAGCGUCUUCUGCUUUUUCCUCCCUCUGUAUGUUGAUACGUUGAUUCAUGUGAUUCAUGACCUAAGGCUUCAUUUGAUAUUGUGUAAAAAAAGUGCGCAUAUUGACAUUUAGUUAUAUUCAAAUGAUCGCUCUUUUUAAUAUGAAGGUGAUGUAUUACUAUUGCAGUAUAAUUUAUUCUCAUUUCACACUUUUAUAAAAAAACGAAAUAAAUCACGAUAUACUUGUAAUGACAUUUAUGAUACGAGAAUUUUCGACUUCAAUAAAUUAUAAGCUUUUCUAAAGUAUAAUAGAUCUGUGAUAUACCUUCAUCUAAAAUAAAGCUCAGUAAAAUGGAAGAUUUGUUUUUAAAAUUCAAAUUGAAAGAUAAUCAAGAAUUUUCUCAAACUUUGGAUACAUUUUUAAAUAAUUACGCAAGUGUAACUAAGUUUGAAUUUUUGGACCAAGAAAAUUUUCGAAGUCAGAUUUGGGAAGCAGUAUUAUUACAUUUAAAAAAUAAAGAAGAAGUACUUGUUCAUCAGAAAUGCUUAUCCACUCUUCGAAUUUUAAGUCGUGACAAAACCAGUUUAGACAGCAUUUUAACUCAAGAAAAUCUGAAUUUAAUAUUGGAAUAUGCCGGUCUAAAUUGUAAACAAGAAAAUUACUUUGUCACCACAGUUACAAAUGAAACCCAGAAGUUGCUGUGUAAUAUCUUAUUCAAUAGUACAAAAGUACAAAAUAUGAUCUUGGAAACCAAUUGUUUAGCUUGUGUUAUAGAUCGCAUAAGUAAAUAUGAUUCCGAUGUUCAGCAUGAUACUAAACUUUUUGAUGUCCGAGUCAUAUUUUUAAUUAGUGCGUUAAUUCCUUCAACAAGAAGUAUUAUUAUAAAUGAACUACAUGGAGAUAUUACAUUAAUAAAUUUAUUGGAUAGCUGCUCUAAGUACAUAAAUAUGGAAGAAAGGAAUAUUUAUGCUAAUGAUGCAGUCUUAUCUAGUGAAAUUUUAAAGGCUUUAUUUAAUUUAUUUAUUGAGCAGAAAGAUCCGUCUGCUGAAGAAUUCAAGUCUUAUAUAAACUUAUUAUGCAUUGUCAAAAAUUUGCUUUUGAGUGAAAAUGCAAAGGAUAAUGAAAAUUUGGUCAGUAAUGUUGUCAACUUGUUGACUGUAAUACCUACAAGCUAUUACAUCAAAUUAAUUGCACCUGCAUUAAAAUUGGAUGAACAAAACAAUUCUGUUGAUGAAGCAAAUGCAGAUAUGACUGUUGUCAAUGUGUUGUUACAAUUCCUAAAUGAUAAAUUGGACUGUAAAACGAGCUUGAUUGAAAAUAUGUCUCCAAUUUUAACUUGUUUGAUAAAAAUGUGUAGAGCUGAAAGACUUAUACGUAAAUAUAUCAGAAUGCAGGUUCUUCCACCAUUAAAAGAUGUGAUGAAAAGACCGGAAGAGGGUUCUACAUUAAGAAAUAAACUUUGUAAAUUAUUAACAACACCUUUGACUGAAGUGCGAGACCUCAACGCAGAGUUUUUAUUUGUACUCUGCAAAGAAAAAGUGGGUAGAAUGAUCAAAUAUACUGGCUACGGAAACGCAGCAGGGAUGUUUGCUAACAAAGGUUUGUUAGGUCCUGACCAUGCUAAAGUUGAUUAUUCAUCUGAAUCUGAAGAUAGUGAUACAGAAGAAUACGAGCAAUACAAAGAUCAUAUAAACCCUGUUAUUGGCUGCUAUGAAAAGCCAAAAUCUAAUCCUUUUGAAGGCAUGACUGAAGAACAAAAAGAAUAUGAAGCUAUGAAACUUGUUAGUCUAGUUGAUCAACUACAAAGGGGAGGCAUUAUUCAGCCUUGCACUGUAGGAGAUGAUGGAAAACCAAAGGCUAUUGAACAUGUUUUAGAGUUGAAAGAAAAAUUACCAAAGCAGCAAAUCCACAAACGUGAUUCAGAUACUGAUUAGCUUACAUGACAAUUAUAUUAAAAUAUAAUCUUAACAAUUUUAGAUGGUUAUUGUUUUUAUGUGUUGUGCAAUAAAUAUUCGUAUGUUAUUUCAAUUCAAUUUAUUUAUUGAAAAAAAGCACAGGACAACAUUACAUAGUAAAUAAUUUUUAAGAAAUAAAAAAUAUAACAUUAUUCAAAAUCACAUAACGUUUUUGGACGCGGUAUCAAUUAGUGUGCUUGAUAAGUAAUCCCAUCAAUAUACGUACGUUAUUAUAUCAAUACCUGUUUGAAUCACUACAACUGCACACAGUUUAUCAUACCGUUUGUAAUAAGAGUACGUGAUUCUACUCAUUUUUGAAGAGAUACAACAUUAGUGGCUACAGGAUUACGUGAAAAAUAAAUGACUAAUAGAACGAAAAUGAACUUUAACUAAAUGCUAAUUUGUAUUUUGAAAGUUGAAAAUACGUUUAUCGAUGAAUUAUUUUUCAGUGCAUUCAUCAACUUAGUACAUGGUAUACAGAGUAUAAAUAAUACUCUCAUAGCUAGACAAGUAAAAAUUGAUUUUUUCCUUAACAUUUUAACUCUUUGCAACGGUAAAAAUCGCAGAGAUCAAUUAAUCGCAAUACGCGUAUUUUUUCAUAGAUAACCUGACAAUUUUACUAAUAUUUUAAAUUGUUUUCAGUUACUUACUAUACGUGACACUAGUCUAGGUACUGAAGCAUGUCGUUUUACACUUUUUUAUGGAAUGCGAAAAUCCUUCAAGUUUUGAAUAUACAUCAUGCAUUUGUUUAUAUCACAUUUUCAACCCUAGAUAUUGCUAAAAUCGUAAAAAAUAAAAAUUGACUUUCUAAACUGAUUGCUUUAAUAAGGUAAAAGUUUUCUAGUAGCAAAAACUUUUGGCGUUGUUUCAAUCUACACAAUCUAAAUUAAGAUUCUAAUCAUUACUUUUGAUAUGUAAAGUAAAGCACAUAUGGAAAAAGUAACUAAAAUCUUUGUUUAUUUUUUUUCUCGAGGCAUCCAUUUCAGUAAUUGUUUAUGCAAGAACUAAACGUGACAAGUAUUUAUUUUAAAACAAGCCAGUGAGAAAGAAAAGCAUUUAUUCGAAGGAAAGAAACGGAAUAAAGUUAGAUUGAUUUUAUGAAUUCUAGCUCAAUGUAUAUAUUUAUAUGCAACCUUUCAAUUUUUCUUAUUCUCACGCGUACAUACAAUUCAUUUGUUUACAUUUACAGCAACUUUUAUUUGUUUACUGUCUAGCAAUAGAAUAUGUCAAAUGUUUGUACUGGUACUGACUAAAUGAAAACUAACUGUUAAGAACUUGCUUUAUUCAUUAAUCUAAUGCAAAUAAAAACAUUACUAUUAAAAAAAACAAACAAUAAACUAUAGGUUUAUAUAAGAAAAGUCAUUAAUUAGUAGUUUUGACUUCGUACAGGUAUUUACGUUCGUUAUCACUCGCAAUUACUCUCUUUGUUUCUCUCUGCCUCUCAUGGUGUUGUUUUUCUUUUUUUUUGGCACAAAAGAUAUAAUUUAACGUUUACUUUAUAGGUACAAUGUAAAUAUGUAUAUGUAAAUAUACGAUUGUGUAUAAAAUCGCUAAAUAGACGAAGGAAAAAGAUGAAUAAAAACAAAUAUUUUAUAUAAAUAAGACUAAAAAAUUUACGCGAAUAUUAACAUUUGUAUAAGUAUAACUCUCGCAAUAUAACUCAUAUACAUACUAAAUGCAUCAUUAUAAAUACAAAUUUGUAGUUGAUAAAAUAAAGUAGUAUAUCAACCAUUUUUUUUAAAGACAUAACAACAUCGAAAAUCACUUAUACCUAUAUUUGUUUUUUAAUUCUUUUUUUUAGACUUUAAAUAUAUUUACACGUAUUAAAUGUGAUGUUUUAUGAGUAUUGUAUGAGUAACUUUCAAACUAUUGUAUAAGAAUCGCUUUUAAAUAAUAGAACGAUGCAAAAGGCAUGAAUAAAAAAUUCUUAUGCUAACAUAGUUGAAUAUUCAUAAUGAGAAAUAAAAUUGACUAAUUCUUGUAUAAAUAUACAGGCAAGAAGCUCGUUAUAUGUUUCGAAAAUCUAGAACAAGAAAGUCUGAGCAAACUUGAAAUUUUGAUUAGCUGUUCAUGGAGGUGCAUCGAAAAUUCUUAAAAGCGAAUAAAACGUAUAAAUAUACUUUUUGCUGUUUUUUACGUACAAAAAUGUUAUUGUUUUGUAGUGCAAUCAUUUAGCGCAAAUUCGGUAGGGUACAAUUCUUCAUCCAUCGAUUCUGGAUGAACAACAGAUGAAAAUAAUUUUCAUUGACAAAUCAGGCGUAAGAAUGAUACGCUUGUGUACAAGACACCCUACAAUAGCCAUGAAUUCUCUCUCAAUUGUAUUGCUGUUUGAAUUCAAUUUUGUUUUGUCAAUGGUCGGAUGUCCAAUAAGCUUUUAAUAAAUAUUAAUAAACUCAUUGUUCAUAUAUUGUCACUCCCAAACGAUAGACGAGUGAUUUUAAGGCUUAUUAAAUAGCAAUAUUGAGGACUUCGUUGAUCAAAAUUUGCGCGCACGUUGACGUUCAUCUUGUAUAUUUUUAGCAGGGAGUAAAAAGCUCUCAAAAUUACCAUAAAAUUAAGUAUAAUGAUUUUAUUGAAUACCAACUCAGGAGACUUUCUUCUUAAUAUUUUUUUUUAUCGAGCUUUUGCAUACCCUUAAACAUACUUAGGAAAUCCCAUAACUUUCAAUUUUAUCUUUUUGUCUAGGAAGACUAUGAUUAUAUGUAGGCUAAAAUUCAGCUUUUGCCAUAAACCUACAGGUAAUAUGAUUGUAAAUACUUAUAAUAUUAUAAUAGACGCUUGUUUUGUUUUCAUCAUAUAUCCAUCAUGAAACUCACAAAUUUGCGUUGUAUAAAAUAUACUAGGAAUUUUUUUUUCUUUCUUUGCAUAGUAGUGACGUAUAUUUUAUAAAAUGAGGAACGCGUUUGAAUGUUUUAUUUAAUUUUUUUAUAAGCAUACACGUAGACAUACACGCUCAAUCAUCUAAACACACGUUAUAUGAUAUGACAAGAAGUCUGUUUAAACAUCAUAAAAAAUAUGCAAUUGAAACAUUCCUCAUUUUCAAUCAUUAGAUAUUGCAAAUGUGACACUUUCUGAAAAUUAAUUUUUAUUGCAAAACAGUUUGACGCGCUGAAUUAUUACGGGCAAUUUGGAAAUUUUCGCUUAAAUUUAUCUAAAAACCCUGUUGUUUCACAAGAAAUAAAACCUACAAUGAUACUCACUAAAUCAAUUUUGCACAACAUAUUAAUCUAAAUAUUUUUUGAUAAUUUGCAUUCCAAGUGUGAUUGAUUAUAAUGUGACAUACGUAAAGUACGGCAGAAUAUCGUUGUAAAAAAUAUGUUAAUAGCUCAAAUCACUCGAUGCGUUUAUAUGAUCUUUUAUAUGAUCUUUUUUUUUAUUUUCUCUUUUUGAUUGGAUAUUAAAGAUAUUUAUUAUUUUUUAAGCUUAGUGACAAGUUUCUAUUUCUAUUUACAUUCCUUUUUUUUUCAUUUUUAACAUACUUAAGCAAAUUUUUUAACAAUGUGAGAUUUUUAAUGUAAAGAGUGGGAUUAUCUAUACCUAAAUAUUAUAAUAAUCAGAUUUUUUAAGGCGAUGACUUGAAUAUUAAUAACCAAAAAAAUUAAAAUUAUAAGAGCAACAUAAACUAUUAAAAACUAUUAAUUGCUGAAGGAAGCUACGUAAAAGUAAUAUUAUUACUAUAACGUAAUUAUAAUGAUUAUAAUUAUUGAAUUAUUUUCAAGACUUUCUGCUUACGGCUAAUGUACUGUAUGUACUUUACACGAUUUCACUUUUUGUAGUCAUCGCCUUGAAGAUUGUAAAAAUUAUCAAAAAAACUAUCACAAUUACCAAUUACUUUACAGGUAAUGCUUGUUGCUUCGCAUCUUUAUUACCUGCAAUUUUAUCAUAUUAUUGUAUCUUAUUAAAUUCAAUUAUUAAGGCAAAUAAGGAGCUAAUUCAAUACUUUUGUAUAGUCAAAUAUGAUUUCUAAUGAAUAAAAUAUUAUAAUUAGAGUAAAUCUGUCUUAAAAUAUUCCUGCGUGCUCGAAUAUGUAUGUGUGUGCGCGUGUCUGUGUUUGCCUAACAAUUGACUGUACUUUUUUAUAAAAUAAAAUUGAUUUUUAGUUUUUGUUAUUGUGUGCCAUUAUUUAUAUAUUUUUUCUGUGCAAAUUUACAUUUUUAUACUUUUUCCCUUGUUUGGAUAAAUGUAAAAUAGUAUACACUAAUUUAGCGCACGAAACAUUUACGUAUAAAAUCAUGUAAAAUUGUAUCUGUAGAUGUUCUAAAUUUUAUUGUACUCAGUUACUUAUAAGGGAAUUCUCAAAAUAUUUCAAUAAAGCUGAUACUUAUAAAUUAAUUAUAGUUUACCUGUAUAAUCUUAAUUUUGUAUUUAUACACUGAAAGUGGAUUUUCAUGUAAAUUUUCAACACAUAACUAUUUUCUUGAUAUUUUAGAGUCGAAUUUUUUUAAAGAAGUACAUUUAUUUAUUUUUCGAAUGUCAUGUAUUCACUGGUUUAUGUAAUAACUGUAUCAGAAAUGUUUCAAAGAUUUAAGUUAUCCUAAUAAUCCUAUUAUCACAGGCAAUAUUUAAUAAAAUUUUUCUAUAACCAUGACUAUUGAAUUAUAAUAAAAUCAUAUAACUUUCAUCUUAAAUUAUAAUCAAGAAAAAUAAAAUUACCUUCUGGUAUAAGUAAAAUUAAUUUUGUUAUUUCGUUGAAUUCGGCUGAAAUUAUUUGUUAAUGUUAGUUUAUAAAUUAUUUGUGAGACACAUGCACACACGUACAUGCACGCUCACAUACAUCAGAAUCAGUUAUUUCGUACGAGUAGACGCACGUUCUAUGUACAUUUUUUAUAUAUUGAUGAAUAAAAUAUGUACAUAUAAAUGAUGUACUACCUAACAUAUGUACAGUUUAAAAACUGCUUAUUAUGAAAUUUAUUUGAUUCUGUCUGCCAGGUUAUUCGUCUUUCUAUUUACUUUUAAAAUUUUUUUUAUACAUACCAAUUGAUUGAUUAAAAGGAAGCAAGUAAUAUGUCAUUCUUAUUAUUUUAUACUAAUUAUAGCAACUGGAGUUGAUAGCAUCAAAUAAUUUGCAUGUGCUUACUACCAUUGUUUAUAACAAGAAAGUGUAGAUUUCUUAAAGUAUAUAAUUGUUUGAUAUGAAAGUAAUUUUUCCUUAUAGAUAGCAAAGUUGCCAGAUGUUGACUAUAUGUCUUAUGUAUCAUUGUUAUUUUUUUCAUUUCAAUUGA